AUCUCUUCUAGAAAAGGCUUCUCGUAGACAUCCAGGUCAUCCAAUGUCGCCCCACGGUUCUUUUUGUUCGGUGCCAAGAGCCCUGUUGGAGUUUCACUGACAAAGAGAGGACCUUGAUGUUCACCUAUUCCCCCACGCUAAAUGAAGUUGCCUCUCGCAGUAGCUAUACAUAAUAAGCUUAAACAUCCAGAGUUUAUUCUUUUUUUUUUGCAGCAUCAUUCAACUCAUAUGAAAAUCUCUAUCAUGGCUCGUGUCAAGAGUUUCUUCGAGAGCCGUCGUGCCACUAUGAUCGCUGGGUCUCUCCUCUUCGUCGUCGCUGUUUCUGCGACGGCGAACCCAGGGGCUGUCAAGAGACAGGCGUCUGCCACUGCGACCAAGACCGGCAUUGACUUUGAGAGCUUGACGGGCUGUCAUAUGCAUGGUCCUACUCAGUACGUGCCUCGUUUCUCCCUUGCGCAAGAUAUGUUGACAGUGUAGGUUCUGUAUGGAUGGCUCUGAUGAGUAUCAGAUCGUUCUUGAAGCGACCAUGACAAAGGAUCCUCCCACUUCGUACACAGACUGCCACAGCCAUGGCUCAGACACAUACUGCAUGAACCCCAACGGCGGAGAAGUCCAGGUCCUCGUGGAAGGUGCUACAGCCACUACUCAGACCGCCAAAGAAACUGCUGCCGCGAAGAAGGACGAGAUCACUGCCGUGUCUGACUGCCACAUGCAUGAGGCGUCUCUCUACUGCAUAGGCCCCAGCUCAUCAGAAUACUACGUCCAGACUACCAUCACCAACACCGAGGAGUAUCCCGCUCAACUCACAAGCUGCCACAGCCAUGGCGAAGAAACUUACUGCAUGUCCGAUGACGGCGAAGCUCCCAUUCUCCCAGCUGCAGAUGUCGAAUCCGGUAAAGCAGACCCUCAGCAAGAGCAUUGCCAUUUCCACGCAGGCGUCGAACACUGCGUCGGCGGUGGCUCCGAAGAGGGCGGUCAGCGAGACUGCGGUCGUAAAGACAGAGACUACAAGAUCGGCAUUCGUAUCGGAAUGCUGUUCGUCGUUCUGGUCGCCAGUUCCAUUGGUGUCUUUGGACCGAUUCUCAUGUCGACGUUUGUUCCCGUGCGAUCGAACAUUGUCCUCACGAUUCUCAAGCAGUUCGGUACUGGAGUUAUUAUCUCGACUGCCUUUGUUCACUUGUUCACCCAUGCGUUCAUGAUGUUUGGCAACGAAUGUCUUGGCGAGCUGCAAUACGAAGCUACUACUGCUGCUAUCGUUAUGGCUGGUCUCUUCAUUUCGUUCCUUAUUGAGUUCUGUGUUCAGCGCGCCAUGCGAUGGCAGUUGACCAAGAAGACCGAGACCGACUCAGCUUACUUGUCACCUAAGGCUGUGGAGAAAGCCGAGAUGGCCAACAUUACCAUCAUGGAAGCUGGUAUCAUCUUCCACUCAAUCCUCAUCGGCAUCACUCUUGUUGUAGCAGGAGACUCCUUCUUCAUCACCCUCUCCAUCGUCAUCAUCUUUCACCAACUUUUUGAAGGUAUUGCCCUCGGUACACGAAUCGCCUCGCUUGGCUAUGGUCAAAUGCCCCUCGCUCUGGGUCACUCACACUCACACUCUACACCACCUCCAUCCGUUGAACGAACCGGAACAUCUACUGUCCCUCUGUGGAAGAAACUCGUCCUUGCUUCUGGCUUCGCCAUCGUCACCCCCAUCGGCAUGGCGAUUGGUAUUGGUGUUCUGAACGUCUUCAACGGAAACGACCCUGCUACCUUGAUCGCUAUUGGUACUCUGGAUGCUUUGUCCGCUGGUAUCCUCGUCUGGGUUGGUCUAGUUGAGAUGUGGGCUCAGGAUUGGAUGCUGGGAGGUGAACUCAGCGAUGCUAGCCCCCUUACUACGCUUUUGGCUCUGUUUGGUUUGGUCUGCGGCAUGGUCCUCAUGAGCUUGCUUGGAAAGUGGGCUUAAACGGUCGGUUGUUGGAAUGCAUGGAGAGCACGAUGCGACGCCGGUGACGUCCAUCGCAGUAGUCAAGAAGAUCACUCAUUAGAGAUAUAGAAACAAGCAGCACACACAUACAGUGUACAGCAUUCAAUUCUCUUGCACUCUCUGUCGCUCCCUGGGAGCUUAGUGACUUAGAACUUCGGGAGUUCCUCAAAGGUGAUAUACUGAAUGGGUCCAAUUGAACCCAAUACGCAGCGCCUUAUACUCUGCCGUGAUCACAUCUCAUCCUC